UUCCGACUCCCGAGUGCCAGUCAGUCGAGUCGAGAGCGCGCAGCCGUAGCGUGCGUUGCGCAUCGAACGCUAAUUCCACAUUCAAAAAAUUGCGCCAAUUUGAAAGUUGACUAAAAAGUUUUAAUUAGUGCGGCAUUUGUUCAGUGAUCACGUGACAUUUUGAGGAUUCGGAAAAGGAAUUUUUUACUCUUUUUAUUUGAGUAUUGAUGUCUUACUACGUCUUGUUCUAGUCCCGUGGAUUUAAAAGGGCCGGCACGAUGUUGCAGCAGAUCUUGCGCGACAUGUGGGUGGACCCCGAGAUCCUGGCCGAGCUCGACGAGACGCAGAAACAGACGCUCUUCUGCAAGAUGAGAGAAGAACAGGUGCGUCGCUGGCAGCUCUGGGAUGAGAAGGUGGGCAAAGAAGACGAGAGGCCCAAGUUCCAGAAGAAUGGAAAGAAGCAGGUGCAAUUCCUCACUGGAGAAGAUGGAGAACCAUGGGUGUGGGUGAUGGGCGAGCAUCCCGAAGACAAGUCGAUAGAGACGAUCCUGGCGGAAGAGGCGCGUGAGAAGGCCAUCGCGCAGGCGCGCCAGGAGGUGCAGCAGCUCAGGAAGUCAGUCGAGAAGGAGCUCACGCAGCUCAUCGAGUAUAAGCCCCUCGAUGAUUUGGAACAGAAAUUCGACCUAUCCCCGAAAACGAUGGACCCGUUAGAAGACACGCUGGAGAUCUACUGCACGGUGGACGAGCUGCGGCAGAGGAUCGAGGCCCUCGAGCCCGACGUCAAGAUCGAGCCCGACGAGAUAGACAAGCUCCCCCCUCCCGACUUCACCGAUCCCCUCAAGCUCGACCUCAGCAAGAACACGCUGCACUUUAACUUUAUCGAGGGCAAGAGAGAUGUGCUGCAGGACAUGGGCGUGGGGGCCGGCGGCGAUGGCGUGAGCGUGCUGGUGGCGGCGUGGGAGCGGCGCGUGGCCGCGGCGAGGGCCGGCGACAUACUGCGCGGCAUCCGGGCCAAGCGCGCGCGGGCCAUGCGCCUCGCGCACCACGCCGCGCAGACGCACGACGCUGCCUGGCGCGACCAGGAGCGCAAAGCAAAAGAAGCAGAAGCAAGCAUGCGUGAGAUCGCACGCGCGGCGCGAGAGGCACAUCGGCGAAGCUCACACAUCGCGGCACCUCCUGAUACUACACAAGCUGGCAAGCCCCCAAAUAGAGAAGCUAUAAUGGAGUGGUUCCAAACGCAUGAGCUGAAGCGAGGAGUUGGCCUCGACGAGAACAAAAAACCUGUCGAUUGGUUUCAUGGUCUGAUCAGCCGGUCGGAAGCUGAGACGGCUCUGUCGGGCUGUCCAGCGGGCAGUUUCUUAGUCCGUGUAUCGGAACGCGUGUGGGGAUACGCGGUGACGUACCGCGACUCGUCGCGCUGCAAGCACUACCUGGUGGAGGCCGCGCGCGCCUACCGCCUGCUGCCCACUGGACACGUGGCGCAUGACACGCUCGCUGAUCUCAUAAACUACCACAAGACGGUGCCGAUCACGGAGAGUGGAGGCGAGCUGCUUGUGUCAGCAUGUCCGCCGCAGCAGACGCCCGACAUCUUGUGCGCGCCGCCAUCUUGAGCUGUGACGUCACGCCGCCCGUCGCUACACAACCUCUACUCAAUUAGCUCUAAGCUGGAAACGUUUACUUGCACUGUUGCCUUUGUCCAAGUAAAAGGAGAUUGGAAAGAUGGUCCUUUUAAAAUGAGAAUGAUAAUUAAAAUGAGCCUCUAUGCUCUAUAUACUCGAGUUACUCUGUCUGGAUGAAAAGAAGUGUUGAUAAAGCUGGCUUUAUCGAAGGACAAAAUUAAUUUUUUGUACAUAUUUUUUUGUAAAUAGUGAGGAGAAAAUCUUGUACUCAUUUUGUCCUACAUCCAGUCUUACAGGCAUUGUGUUAACGGCAACAGUGUAAGCUUCUAAUAGUUGAUUAGUGCGAUAUUUACAUAGCUAUCUGUAAAUAUCAAGGCACAUAAUCAAUAUUACUCAAUUAUUACAUAGUGUAAAAACAUUCCAUAUGUGUGCAAACCCGUAUAGAUUAUUGUUCCACAGAACAUUUUACACUGUGACAAUCAUAAACAUACUCAA